AUGGCAGACGACGAUAGUGUCGAAGAGGGAGAGGUUGACCCAGACUUCGUCCCAGAAGCAAACCGCACCACCGACGAAGACCAUGUCGGCGUGCAGAGACUCGCCCAAGAGGCACAAAUGGCACCCAAGCAGAGACGCGCACCUACAAAGCGCCGUCAGACCACCAAGGUCACCAAAACCACAUCUCGUCCCGCCAACUCUCUCCCUACCGCUCCUCUUCCCGCCCCUCUGGCCGUUGGCAUGACUGACGACAUGACCGACCUCGUUCAACACGAGUCCAUUCUCGAUUUCGUUGUCGACCCCUUGCCGGAGGGAAGUUCUGCAGUCAACCUCGCAGAAAAGCCUCUCAAGCAUGCUCAGAAACUUCCGGGUCGGCGACCUGUCAGAAGUCAAUGGAGCAGGGGCUCACGCAAUCGAGAAGGAGACCUACGAUUCUGUUCGCCCAAGCAAGGUCAUCAACGGUAG